AUGUCAGGUUCUCCGCUCAGAUUGCAGCUUCUCAAUAAAUUAAUUCUCAGAUUUGCAUCUACUUCACUGAGCAAAAGCUUUGGUGCGCCAGUGUUUUUCCUCAGAUGCGGGGUAUUGACCGUGUUCUUAACGGUCAUACAAGGACAAGAGCAACAGCAGUGUGGAAAGCUAAGGGAAACCCAAUUCUACAACCACAAGCUCUUCACAGACCCGGACGAGCACACCUGGAUUGGCCGCCUGUUCAACGGUGGUGAGCCGGAUAAGCCAGAACCGGUAUCCGACUGUCUGGCAGUGUUGAUCCACCAACGCUACGCCAUCCUCACCGCUCUCUGCACUCUCUAUAAUUAUCCGAGCACCCUUCCCAAGUACAUUGUCUUUGGGGACUGGCGCGCCAACCCGAACACCAAGACGGGCGACUGUCGUGUGGCCAGUGAAAUCACCCAGUGCUCCCCGUCUCCGCAGGCGGUGGACAUUGAAGAGUUUGCGGUGCACCCGCUAUAUGUUAAGGGCAAACUCGACAACGACAUCGCCCUGGCCAAGCUGGUGCGGAAUGUCGAGCUCUCGGAGUUUGUGCAGCCACUGUGCCUGCCGCCUGCUCAGGAGAUCGAGGGCAACUACAUUGGACAGCGACUGGAGAUCGCGGGAUUCCAGUACCAGCCAUCGAACCGUGAGGAGGUGACCGAGGAGCUUGAGUGGCGGAUAAAGGCGACAAGACACGCGAGCAGCCUUGAGUACUGCACCUCGGUGAUGGAGCCGCUGAUCAAGGAGAAUCUUAGCCAGAGCAUCCUGUGUGUCGUGGGGGUGAAGACAAAUUAUUUGCAGCCGGGAUCGCCGCUGAUGGACUUUGAGUUGAUGGACGGAAAGCCGCGAAACUACUAUCUCGUCGGAAUAAAGACCUUUGGGACACUUGGGCGUUUCAGAUCGUGGACUUUCAUAGACGGAUACCUGCGCAUAUUGCCAUUCAGAAACUGGAUCUUGAGAAAUAUCGAAUAAAAAUGCCAUAGAUAUA